AUGUCAGAUCCAAGAAGGAGGACGUCCCGCCAUGUUUUGACGCCAGACAGUUUAUCAUCAGCCAUUCAGUUGACAAAUAUGCCUGCAGAUUGGUCCCAAGAUACCGCAUCCUCAGUAGUGGCAGGUUCAGGCCCCAUAGUCGACAUUACAACCAAGACAGACCCAAGAACUGGUCGCUUGAGCGCAGCUAUUUUUGAUUACAAGACUAGUAAAGAUUGUAGAAGAGCAUUCGAGAUUUUAAGCCGUAUAGAUAGUUUACCAUGUAAUCUGGAAAGAAUUAUACCACAGAACUAUAAGAACCACGCAUCAAUGGCAUCGAAGGAUGAAUUACAACUCAAUAGAGACUCUUUCCCCUGGAAUUGCGGAUUAGACCUACCAUUUGAAAUGAUUUCUGAAGUACCACUACCGAGGAAGCCUUCUCAGACACCUGCACCGCCGGUAGCCAACAAUAACAGUAAUACUAACGGUAACAGCAGUAAUAAUAAGAGUCCAACUAAUAAUAACAUUGCAUUUCCAGACAUUCUACGUAAGGCUUCACAACAUUUACCUCAAUUACAACCAAACAUUUUGUCAACGCCUGAUCCUGUAUCCUCUAAUCUAAGUAAAAUUCCACCUUUACAACUGAUUGAAAUCAUUUCCAAUUUAAAGAUUCUAGCUAACCAAGAUAGUAUGAAAAGAUCUCAACUAGAAGCAUUUCUCAAAACAAACCUUAACAUUUCCAUCUCUGUAACACAAGCGCUGUUGGAAAUGGGAUUUAUCAAUUAUAAUGCAGUUACCCAAGUUCUCAAACGCCAACAAGGUGGUAAUGGAUUUAGUAGUUCUGUCAAUAGCAGCUCGAAUACUCCAUUGAAUACCAACAUUCCUAUGCCCAUGCCUAUGCCCAUGCCACCAUUCGUGCCGCCACAACAACCAUUACCACCACCACCGCAACAGCAACAGCAACAACCAGGACAGGGACCUCCACCUCCAUUUGGAUUCAUGCCUCCUCCAAUUCCAUUUAUGCCACCUACUCCUGUUAUGGGUACAACACCACCACCUAUGAUGCCCAUGCAACAGAUGCCACCAGCACCAGCACCAGCACCACCAGCACCAGUACCGAUCCCGCCAGUACCAACACCUUCUCAGAGAAGAAUAAAUAUGGCCAAACUGCAAGCUUUGCCUCAGAAUCAAAGAGAUAUGAUUAAACAAGUUUUGUCAUUUACGGACGAACAGAUUCGUGUGUUACCACAGGACCAGAAGUCGCUAGUGGAAAAUCUCAAGAAGGAGUACAUUUUGUAA